AUGACCUUGUCCUCCCCUGCUCCGACCCUGCCACCCUCCAAUUCUAAUGCCCCCAACUCCCUCUUACCCGCCUGGAUCCUCCCCGACCACGAGGCGUACAUCGAUGACGAAGAUCGCGAGAACGCGACCACAGCCGUAGCCCGGACGAGCUCCGGGGACUCCGUCAGGCACUUCUGCGUCCACUGCCCCGGCUUGACGGAGGAGUUCGACUUCGUCGGGAUGCCUUUCAUCCUCUUCUCGGUGGGGGACCUCGCCCUCAUCCGCGUCCCCUUCGCCUGCGGCCCCGAGACGGAGUACUUCUUCUAUAGAGCUGGGCAUCGGCGGCGGCUGUCGCUUGAACAUCCCCGAGACAUUGGGAGUUAUCUCUCGAAUGUGCCGUUCCUAGCCUCCAUCGGCUUCCUGCCCCACGGCUGUAAAGGCGACGACUUCGUCCUGGCCGCUCUUGGUUUUACCCUAGUCACCGGGCAGUAUGAGCUCCAUGUCUUCCGCUCCGAGAGGGGCACACGGACCAGAAACAUGGUGUUGCUUGGAAGCCACCAGCUCACAAGUAUAGAAAAGGUGAUCGCACUUGGAUGUGGGGAACUAGGUUUUGUUGACCUUUGGAAGGGAAUUUCGGUCUACGACCCGUUUCAUCCCGUCUCCCAAGUUGCUUCCCAACAACCAGUCAGUUGAGGAGCUGGGCUCUGCAAGGUCGUUUCGCAACGUAGUUUGCACCAUUGGUUGGAUCAGGUGCGUGGAACUAGAAAUCUGUUCACGAUUCAUAAACCAUGAGAUACCUCAGCACUUAAACAGACGCAUAAUCCAUGGAGCACCUGAUGAUGUCUGGAACACAGAUGUGCUCCAUGACUUAGACCUGAUGCCAGAUUGUGCAGGGGAUGCGGAGCAGAACACAAAGAAUGAGGACUCCUACGAGUACCUCGGUUGGAGAGUCAUUGUGUGGACGAGGACGCUUUCUUCCACCUAUUGGCGCAAGGAGCGCGUGCUUCAUGUUAAUGACAUCCAUGGGAACAACCCAAACAAUACUUCCUUUUUGGAUGACCUUGGUGGCAGAAGAACUCUUACGUUGACAUUGAAGGACCUGUUCACAUCUACCCCCACCUUGAGCACGGAUGAUAGGAACUCUCUUUAUCUAAUCUACAAAGUAAAACAGGGGGACGAUGAGCUAUUAGUGAUCAUGAUUGAUAUGGAGAAGAAGACUGUUGAAGAAUUCUCGCCAAUUCUCACUCAAAGACCUUACUUAGCUAGCCCAACCUAUAUCCCCUGUGCCUUAUCCAAAUAUCUGAACAUGGAUACAGGUAAUCACAGAGUGUCUUUCUCUUGCAUGUAU